GGACUGGGCCCACGAGUUUGCAACAGUUGCUGCAGCAGCAGUAGCCUCGCCCUCCUUCUUCUUUUUCCUUUUUUCCUCCUCCUCCUUUUUCCUCCUCCUCCUCCUCUUAGCUCCCAGUGCAGCCGGAGCCCUUAGCGCAGCCAUGGCGCUGUCGAUGCCGGUGAACGGGCUGAAGGAGGAGGACAAAGAGCCCCUGAUCGAGCUCUUCGUCAAGGCUGGCAGCGAUGGUGAAAGCAUAGGAAACUGUCCCUUCUCACAGAGACUCUUCAUGAUUCUUUGGCUAAAAGGAGUGGUGUUUAGUGUUACAACUGUUGACUUGAAAAGGAAACCUGCUGACUUGCAGAAUUUGGCUCCGGGGACCCAUCCACCUUUUAUAACCUUCAAUAGUGAAGUCAAAACUGAUGUGAACAAGAUCGAGGAGUUCCUGGAAGAAGUUCUCUGUCCCCCAAAGUAUUUAAAGCUGUCACCAAAGCACCCGGAAUCCAACACUGCAGGAAUGGACAUCUUUGCCAAGUUUUCCGCAUUCAUCAAGAAUUCAAGGCCGGAGGCGAAUGAAGGUUUGGAGCGGAAUCUUUUGAAAACGCUGCAGAAGCUGGACGAGUACCUGAACUCUCCCCUCCCCGACGAAAUCGACGAGAACAGCUUGGAGGACAUCAAGGUUUCCUCCCGUAAGUUCCUGGAUGGCAACGAGAUGACCCUAGCAGACUGCAACCUCCUGCCCAAAUUGCAUAUCGUCAAGGUGGUGGCCAAAAAAUAUCGUAACUUUGAUAUUCCCAAAGGAAUGACCGGCAUUUGGCGGUAUCUAACUAAUGCCUAUAGCCGGGAUGAGUUCACCAACACCUGUCCCGGCGAUAAGGAGGUGGAAAUAGCCUACAGCGACGUGGCCAAAAGACUCACCAAAUAAAGCAACACUCGAGCGAGAGAGAGAUCAUAGAGACCUCCCCUAACAGAAUGCGCUUCUCUUAACAGACUGCUCCUCUCUCUAUAAAAUAGCCGUUUCAUUUUGCAUGACUGUGCAUUUACUCAAGGUUAGGAUCAAGGAUAGGCCAGGUACAGUAGCAAACUUGGGGGAAAAAAAAAAAUUUCACCUGAAAAGUGUCUUGAAGGUUUCAGCCCAAAUCCCGUCGAACCCGGAGGUUUUCGUUUGCCACCGCGAGGAGUUGGCCAUCUUGUCCCUCGGGCAGGAGAGGGGAGGAUCUGUUAGAGAGGGCCUGUCCUCUUUCCCCGCAGGGCCAUCCCAAGUAGGGCCCUCUCUUAGCACCGUGCCAGGAAUAUUUAAUAUGUAUUUUUGAGUUUAUGAUUUUUAGCAAACUGCGUGGAAGGACUAUCACUGUAUUGGCAACAUCUAGUUGUACCAUUUCAGACUAUUCUAGAUAGGCACCAGGGGACUUGAUCACCUGAGAAGAGAGCCUUUUGCAGAAGUUUUGUGUUUGUGGGUGUUUUUCUUUCUUCCCUUGACUUCAAAGCAUUUAUUAGUUAUAUCACACCCAAUAUAGAUAAUGAAGAGCUCAGUGGGAGAGCCGAUAUUUAAUUCUCAGGACCUUCCUGGGGCAUGAACUGCCCUUCUGUUAUGGUUAAUCUAAGAGGAGCGACUUGCCUAUACCUGAGACACCUCAGCCCGUACCAAACAUUAAUGUUUCGGCUCCACGGCCAAAGUUAACCCACUGUCCUCUGUUUGAACCGUUUCUGAAUUCUCCUGCUUACUUGGAAUGGAAGGGGCUUCUUCCUUAAGGUGGGAGGUUAGCAAACCAUUUUUCCUUGGGGAAAAUCGGGUGGAUAUAAGGAACACUACAUAUAAUGCAAACUUGGAUCUGGCUGAAGUAGAGCUACUGUAUGUGGUAAUAGCAGUGCAAAAAUGAACAAUUACAGGAAAUAGUGUAGGUUAAGUUAAGGUGUGGCAUCAAUUGUCUUUCAAGUUUGAUUUGUUUUUUUAAGCAUGUUUAAUGUAAGUGACCUUUAUGAAGGAAAAGUAUUUGCCUUAACCUACGGAAUGCAUAGCUUUCCUAGAGAAAAGUAGAACUUCCCUUGAUGGGGUUCAGUAUUUGAGUGGAAAGAACUAUUCAUUCAUUCCUUUUUAGGUUAAAUUGGAGUGGUUAAGGCGUGUGUGUGUGUGUGUGUGUGUCUGUGUGUGUGUCUGUGUGUCGACUACAAUUUUGGGUAAUCUCAAUCAUUGCAUUUCUAUUAAGGGUUUUUUUUGUUGUUGUUUUUUGUGUUUUUUUUUAAACCCACAAUCCCACUGAGGAGUAGCGUGAUUAUGAUUCUAAAAGUUUCAGUUUUAUUUAUAAACCAGAACUAGUUUUGGUUCUGGUUGGGGAGGAAGAACCUGGAAAAAUACAUCAAAUAGGAAUUCAAUUUGUGUAGUAAAAUUUAGCUGUUUUAAAAAAGCCAUUAUGAAAACUACUCCAAAGAACAUGAUUAUGAUUAUAGUUACGGAUUUUUUUUUUGUUUUUUGGGGGGUUUUUUGUAACCCUUUUUCUAUUGAACAGAUUUUAGAAGUGCCAUUCCUUGCAGACUGCAGUUUGGACACUUUUAAGUAUAUUGCAUUUAAUGCAACCAAGCUUUGACCCUUUUCUACACUAAUAUUUGGUAAGCACCGGCUUCAACAGCCUGACUUUUCUAAGCACCCUGCUUCUUUGCAACUUUACGUAACGAUAAAGUUAGCUUCAUAGAGGAAGAUGAAGAAGAGAAAAGUUCUGUAAUACGUGUCCCUUUGGCUUGGGGAGUUGCGUCUGUCUUACCUUUCAACCAAGCUCUCUUGCAGAUAGAGUAAUGGUCUCGGCCGACAGAUCUUUCAGACUUUAAAAUAUUGCAUGAAGUGUAGAGGCUUUUCUGCCUUCAAAGGAAAGCCUGUUAGACUUUUCCCCCCUACCCCACAAUGGGGAAAUUGUUUUGAGUCCUUUGUCGAGUGUGCUAAAGACACGCCACAGAUAAUGCUGCGGCCAAAUAUUACUCCAUGGCUGCAGAGCUGGGAAAGAAGUAUAUUUCUCGGUGCCUAUAUCUGCAAGUUGGAGGGAAGGGUGGGGAGAAUGGGAAAGAGCUGAAUUCUAGUAAAGUAAGCACCGAGGAGACUUAGGCUUUGUGGAGCUUGAAUCCUUAUCCGUGGUCUCAUCUUCCUAGACCUUCAUUUCCCAUCACUUAUUCAUUUUCCUCAUUCGCUUUCCCUCCCCUUACACAUGCCCACGUUUUGAGCCAGCCCAGUUCUUUUCCAGUAUGUCUCUUUCAGAGGGGAACUGUUUUCUCCACAGGAGCACAAAUUGUGUCACUUUCUUGGCCCUCCAUCCGACUGGGAUGGGGGAAUACAGCAGCCAAGCCGAGGUUGUGACAUUGUGACAGGCAGGGGAAAGUUGGGAAAUGGAAGGUUGUAGCCCCCUUUGGACCUUACCCAUCUCCUCGUGUCGUCUUUUCUCCACCAACAGGCUAUCCUUUCUGGGAUGUUUAAGCAGUUCCCAGCUGUUCUAGGCCAUGUGGGUAAUGGGACUUUUCACCGCUAAUCACAGAUUAAAUACAGGAUGUGUUAGUAGCACCCUUCUGACUUCAGGAAAACACUGUGGGAUUGACCCUGGAUUAAAUGCUCCACUCUACCCUGGAAAGGUUGGAUUCUCUUACUCAAACCUCAUUGGAGGGGCCAAAGUUUGAGCGAACUCAAGAGAUCAGGUUUCCUUCCAAAUGAUCCCAGGAAACCCAGAAAGAGGCCCAAGAUGAGGGGACAUUGGCUAGGAAAGGUUUCUGGGUGCUAACGGAUUUGGUCCACCUCAGUUCUGAGCAGCUAGGACGUAGACUGGCACUCCAGCCGCCUUUCACCGACAUUAAUUCUUGUAAUAAAAUCCAAUCCUGACUACAUUUCCGAGCUGCUCUUGCUUUGUCACAACCUUAUCUUUAAACCCGAGCAAUAGCUGUGCGCUUCAGAGAUUUCUGAUAUUUGUCAGCUGCCCUUAUCCAUGCGAACAAUCUUUUUGGGUGGCAGUCAAAAAUUUGUGCUUUUAGGCACUUUUUUCCUUCAGUUGCAGGGUGAGAUUUCCCCAGUAGAACAGGUCGUUUAUUGAUGGUUUUAUUUCUGUGUCAGUUUAAAAGAUAAUAUCAACAGCGCAGAGGCAUCAGCAGCACUCACAAAAAAAGUAUUUUGUUUCAUCCCCUUGCACAUCCUAUCUUGUGGUUAAAUCCAAAAAUGAUCAACCUCUUUUGUGCCACUCCAGUAUUUGGACAUAGAGAAGGAAUCUUUUCUUAGGUCUCAUGGAACUCUCUCAUCCCCAAGAAAAGUACCUUUCCCUCCCAUCCAGUCUAUUGCUUAUGCUCUUUAGUUACGUUUCAUCACGGGGGGGAAAAAAAUUCCCUCCCCAAGCCAGGACAUUGAACUGAAUUGGAAAACUGACUGUAAAAUUAUUCCAGAAGUCAAAUGAGAAUUUAUUGUAGUAUGCCUAACAUUUUUUUCCUUUUCUCUCUGGAACAUUUUACAAGUAUACCAUGUACUGCUGGCAGCUAUUGUUUAAAAAAAAUAAAAAUUAUAUUUUCACUACCACCAA